CGCCACCCCAUCAGCCUCAUCUCGAGACAGCCGCAGCACUUAUCCAUUCCAAAUUCCAUACCUACCAAUACACAUAUAAUCUCACUCUAUGCGAUUUCCUUCCUUUCCAACUUUCAUCCGGGCGUUCCACACGAUAACAAACACUACAAGCGCCUUCGUUCGAUCAAGCCCCGCGAGUAGCCUCGGCCGCACCAUCCACUCUACUCCACAGCGCGCAGUCCUCUAUCGAUCUAUGCAAAACAUUCCUUUCUUGGGCGCGCUUUUUGGAUCAUCGAGCAGCAUGGCGGAUAACACGAGCUACCCUGUUUCGAAGCCGGAGGGCGAGUGGCAAACACAGUUGUCGCCUGAACAGUUCCGCGUCCUCCGUAAAAAGGGCACCGAGAUGCCCGGCUCCGGCGAAUACGACAAGCACUAUCCCACCGCGGGAGUCUACACCUGCACUGGCUGCUCUGCGCCCCUCUACAAAGCAAACCACAAGUUCGACUCUAAAUGCGGCUGGCCCGCAUUCUGGGACGCCGUUCCUGGGGCUGUUGGCCAGCGGCGCGACCCAGGCCUGGGCAUGGUACGGACAGAGAUUGUGUGUAACAACUGCGGGGGGCAUUUGGGCCAUAUUUUCAAGGGCGAGGGGUUCAAGAACCCGAAAGAUGAGAGACAUUGUGUGAAUAGUGUUAGUAUCAACUUCAAUCCCGAGGACAACAAGUAAGGAGGACGGCGCAAUUACAAUCUACAGGGGCAGACAAUGGAAGAAGAUGCCAUGGACUGAUGAAAGGACAGGGGAGAAAGCAACGCGAGCGGUUGUACCAAUAUGUGUGUUAGUGACGAUGAAACGAGAGAUGACCUGAAGCAUUACCACAUUCAUUCUACUAUUCAAUGGUUUUUGGCAUGAUUGAGUUGCCCACCUUUUCCUCAGCCGUACUUGCUAGAGAAGAUGGCAAGAUAACUAGCCACCGUCUAUCCCUUAUUCAAACCACGCUUCAACCAUCUUCCAUGCACAUCUACCCACUGAUUUAUCACGCAGCUUCAAUGGGAUCUUGGAAAUCGAUUUCGGACUAUUAUGUCCCGGCAGC